CUAAAAUUACCUAAGCUAACACAAUUUUUAAAACUUUUUUUCUUGCAUUAGCAGAAGACAAAACAAAUCAAAUGGCGCCUUUCAAUUGGACUUUCAGAGGUGAGAUCAUGCAAAGGUUUUGUUUCACAAAAACAGACGAUCUAGAGAUCCAUUCACCAUUAAACCACCCUCACAUCGAGUUACCUUGUCUCCGCUUCAAUAUCGUAAUAUACCAUUUCUUAUACUGCUAUUCGCGACCGCUCGCCAUGCAUUUAUCUUAGGGUUCCCACGAAAAAAAACAAACAGGGUACGUAACUCAUUUUUUCCUACUUUAUAAAUGUAUAAAACACCCUAUUAAAACUGGCUACUCAAAAUUUAUGCUAUCAAAUUUUGGUUUUCUUGCACCUAGCUUUCUCCUUUCUCGCCACUGCUCGCCACUCGCCUCCUAAAAGCAACACAUCAAGAAGGAAUUUCUUCAUGUGUGCUUCCUAUGUGAUUGAAUCACUUAGCUAUUUAAUAAUACAUUACUUUGACACUUAACAUUAUAGAAGUGGUAUUGCUAGAAAAUUAUAUUCUAGUAAAUUCGGCCACUUUAACUGCCCUUCUUCAGGCUGCAUGCAUGACCAUCCCCAAAAAUUAUUGUUGUCAUUUUGACAAACUUGACAUCUUUGACAUCUGAACAGCGACUUGAAGAAGUACAACAUGAAGAAGUACAACAUGAAGAAGUCAUGAAAUCAUAAGAACAGCAACAUGAAAAAGUCGUGCCUGAAGAAAGGCAAUAAAAACUGAACUGGCCGUAACUAUGCAAAAAUACAACAUAAAAUUUCACAAUCAUAUUUCAUUGCAAGAAUUAAAAAUGUUUUAAUUUAAUUUUUGUUUAGAUAAACUGACUAACUAUGGGAACAAGUUUGUCAUAGGAUUUACUUCCCAAUAUUACCUGCGUACCUACGGUUACAUUGGAAUAGCAAUUGCAGCUCACUUCGAUACAAAUGUCACAAUUAUCACACAAUCAACUUCGAGCGUUCCGUUGAACGUCGCCAUCCAUAUGAAAGAAGGAGAUUUCUUGGAGUAUGCUCUGCCGCGCUCCCUGCGAAUGCAAGGAAUCCAAAAUAAUGGUAUUCAGGUAUCGUCGACAAUGAAUAUUUCCAUCGAGUGUUUCAAUUAUUAUACAGGCGGUGAUGGAUACCUAGCACUACCAACUGACGCACUAGGUGUAACAUAUGUUGUUGCAUCAUAUACACCAUACGAUAGCUAUGCAAGAGCUAAAAUUGGUAUAGUGUCAAUACAUGACGAAACAACCAUUUUAAUUCAACCAAUUAAGAAUGCCGUUAUUGAAAUUGGUGGAACCGCGUAUACUCACGCCGGCCCGAUCCAUGUUUUUUUGGGUACACUGCAGUCCAUACAAGUAACGAGUAAAUCGGAUUUAUCGGGGACAAUGAUAUUCGCUUCUAAACCAGUAUCUGUCGUCUGUGGGGUGGAUUUGGGGAUUCCUGGCGGCACUGGAAGUUAUGACAGAUUAGAAUCAUUUCUUUUACCUGUCACACAAUGGGGAAAACAGUACAUCUUAACAACGGUCGGAUCAACGAACAAAAAACAAGGAGAUAUUUUCCGAAUUUUUGCCUUUGAAAAUAGUACGGUUGUCCACAGUGCAUACUGGACCAAAGUUUUGUUAUCCGGCACUUAUACUGAAUUGAUAUUAGGCGAAAAUCUUACAUCGUUUGUGAACUGCAAUAAACCUUGUCAAGUGGUACAAUACAUAAGGGGGGAAACAAUUGGCUCGAAAAAGGCGGACACUUCGAUGAUUCUCCUUCCUUCGAUUAAACAGUUUAAAUCAUACUAUCGUGUUCUUUGUAGUCAUAAUUCAGGUUUUUACAGUUCUGCAACAAUUACGAUUGAGGAACGUUUAACCAACGGUUUGUUUCUAAAUGGAGUUAAAAUGAGUUAUCUAAAUUGGAUUAAAAUUUCGGGGACAAAAUAUGUUUGGACAGUGGUUGGUAUGCCUGGAACAAAACUUGCUACCUUUUAUCAUUCUUCGCGUGAUGGUAAGUUUGGACUGCUGGUGUAUGGCUGGAAUGGCGAUAAUUCGUAUGCUUACCCCGGCGGAUUCACUUUCCAACACUACAGUACCGGUAAGUAAUUGUCACAGACUUCGG